CCAGCCCCCCACUGCCUGCUGCCACCUCCAGCCCCAUCACAAUGCACUCCUUGGACGAACCGCUCGACUUGAAGCUGAGCAUCACCAAGCUCCGGGCGGCGAGAGAGAAGAGGGAGAGGACGCUGGGUGUGGUCCGACCCCGUGCUCUGCACAGGGAGCUCGGCCUGGUGGACGACAGCCCCACGCCUGGCUCUCCAGGCUCCCCGCCCUCAGGCUUCCUGCUGAACCCCAAGUUCCCUGAGAAGGUGGAAGGACGCUUUUCAACAGCCCCUCUGGUGGACCUCAGCUUGUCCCCACCGUCUGGGCUGGACUCGCCCAACGGCAGCAGCUCACUGUCCCCUGAACGCCAGGGCAAUGGAGACCUGCCCCCAGUGCCUGCUGCUCCGGACUUCCAGCCACUGCGCUACUUGGAUGGCGUCCCCAGCUCCUUCCAGUUCUUCCUGCCCCUGGGCUCCGGGGGGGCCCUGCACCUGCCUGCUUCCUCCUUCCUCACCUCCCCCAAGGACAAGUGCCUCUCGCCAGAGCUGCCCCUGCCCAAGCAGCUGGUGUGUCGCUGGGCCAAAUGUAACCAGCUCUUCGAGCUCCUGCAAGACCUGGUGGACCACGUCAAUGACUACCAUGUCAAGCCCGAGAAGGACGCGGGCUACUGCUGCCACUGGGAGGGCUGUGCCCGUCACGGCCGUGGCUUCAACGCCAGGUACAAGAUGCUCAUCCACAUCCGCACGCACACCAACGAGAAGCCUCACCGCUGUCCCACCUGCAACAAGAGCUUCUCCCGCCUGGAGAACCUGAAGAUUCACAACCGCUCACACACAGGUGAGAAGCCCUAUGUCUGCCCCUACGAGGGCUGCAACAAGCGCUACUCCAACUCCAGUGACCGCUUCAAGCACACUCGCACCCACUACGUGGACAAGCCCUACUACUGCAAGAUGCCCGGCUGCCACAAGCGCUACACGGACCCCAGCUCACUGCGCAAGCACAUCAAGGCCCACGGUCACUUCGUGUCCCACGAGCAGCAAGAGCUCCUGCAGCUGCGCCCACCCCCCAAACCGCCACUGCCCACCCCUGACAGCAGCCCCUAUGUCAGUGGAGCCCAGAUCAUUAUCCCCAACCCUGCCGCCCUCUUUGGAGGCCCCGGCCUGCCGGGCCUACCCCUGCCCCUGGCCCCUGGUCCCCUGGACCUCAGCGCCCUGGCCUGUGGCAAUGGCGGGGGCGGUGGAGGUGGGGGGGGUAUGGGCCCUGUCCUGCCUCUCAAUCUGGCCAAGAACCCACUGCUACCCUCACCCUUCGGGGCUGGCGGACUGGGCCUGCCUGUGGUCUCCCUCCUCGCUGGUUCCGCUGGCGGCAAGGCCGAGGGGGAGAAGGGGCGUGGGCCGGUGCCCGCCAGGGCCCUCAGCAUGGAGGGCCGCAAGACGCCCCUCGAAAGGACGGAGAGCAGCUGCUCCCGGCCUAGCCCUGACGGACUCCCCCUGCUGCCAGGUACUGUGCUGGACCUGUCCACGGGCAUGAGCUCGGCAGCCAGCAGCCCAGAGGCACUGGCCCCUGGCUGGGUGGUCAUCCCACCGGGCUCCGUGCUGCUCAAACCGGCCGUGGUGAACUGACACCCCCAGGGGACACCGGAGGCAGCCCGGCCGGUACCCUGGCCCUGCCCAGACGAACGGAAACUCUCUGCGAAAUAGCAAUAAUGUCCUACUGCCCCGGGGCCUGGCUGGCUGUGCCCAGCCUGCCGGGCAGCAAGGAUGGUGCUAGGUCAUUGCUGGCUUCCGGCUACCGAGUGACGACCCGGACCUGCUGUCCGGGGAGAGCCGUGCUCUGGGUGCUGAGGCCUCACUCCCCUCGGGCCCUGCUGUCCCACAGCUUCUUUAAGAUCCUCCCCUGCCCUAGGUCCCCCUCGCUCUCCCCCCCUGGUGCCUCCCUCAUCCAGCGGCCAACCUAGGCAGCUCGCCCACCUCCCUACCUGCCACCUAUGGGGAUGGCAGAGCCUGCUGCCCAUGCCCCAGCAGUGGGGACGGGUGGGUGGCAUCUGCCCUCCCUGUGGGCACCAGGCUCCCCCCCCACCGUGUGAUCAGCUACAGGAGCAGAGGCCCCAGC